ACCGAGGAAUAGCUGCAUUUUGUCCUGGAAGAAAACAGACAGCUGCUGCCUACAGAUUCAGCUCUCAGACAAAGCUGCCAGUGGACUGAAGACUUCGGGCAGGUCACCAUGGAAACGUAACGUUAGAUACGUUAACGGACUCUCAACUGUCAAUAAACAGUGUUUAAAGAGAGAAGUCAGCCCUACCUAACGUGAUGGAGUUCCCGCAGCAUUCCCAGCAGCUGCUGGCAGCUCUGCGUUCACAGCGCCAGCGGGGUUUCCUUUGUGACUGCACAGUCCUGGUGGGCUCAUCCCGUUUUCUGGCUCACAGGGCUGUUCUGGCUUCCUGUUCGCCUUUCUUCCACAUGUUCUUCUCAGACUCUCCAGGGGUCAUUAGUGGAAAUGGCACCAGCAGCUCUGUCACACUCGACAGCGACAUUGUCACGGCUGCUGCGUUUGGAUUGCUCUUGGAAUUUGUCUAUGAAGGCGUGCUGCAGCAGGGUGAGUCUCCACCCGUGGAGGACAUAUUGGCGGCUGCAAGCUUUCUGCACAUGAACGAGGUGGUGAGAGUCUGCAAGAGACGAUUGCAGAGACGAGGACCUCUGGCUGAGGCAGACAGCACUCGAUCUGAAGAAAGCGCUGGUGCAAGGAGGGCAGUAGAAACAGGAAGAGGGGGUGGGGGUGACGGAGGAGAAGAGCCUGUGGUGGCCUUGGCAGGAGAUCAUUUGAAUCCAGUUGCCAUGGCAGCGCCACUCUCAUCAGAGGGAAGUCAGUUGGAGCCUGUGAAGUGUGAACGGAGGACUGGUGGGGGGUCAUCAGAGGCACGAGUUCAGACUCCUCUGAGCCCUGACCUCGCUGAUACCACGCAGCCAGGCAUGGACGCCCCUCCUCUGCCCCCAUGUGGAGAGCUUGUUCAGGAUGUCAUCACAGGUCGGUCUGCCCCUGCCUCAGGGGGACACGCCAGGCUGGGGACUGGAGCUCCUGGAGAGGGGUCAGCUCUCUGUAGCCCAUGCAGCACCACUGAGACAUACAGCCACAGCAGUAACCAGCAGCCUUCCUCGUCUUCUUCCUCCCUGGUGCCAGUGAGCCAGGCUAGUGGUCGGUCAGUAGUUGCUUAUUCCCAGUCAGGACCCAGCCCCCAGCAGGACGCACCCCGACUGCCACACAGUGACUAUGUAAGCAAACCCUCAGAGGCUGACCACAGAGGUACAUCAGGCAGAGGACAACAGAUGGUCAUGUUAAUCCAGCCAUCAGCACUAACUUCACAUAACCCAACGCACUCGCCACCACUGCGUGCACUUCCCCAGAUUCGAAUCCAUAGCGCUGUGUCGCUCCAACGCCAAAGCUUGGACUUCCACUCUGCUCCUCAGAACCAAACCCCGAAGGCACCUGAGGGGAAUGUGGGAGCUUCACCCACUGCUAGAAGUGAAAGAUCUCACCCUCCUAUGGGCAGAGCGAGGACAGACAAUGAUGAUGGAGAGAAUGUGAAAGUCAAAGUGGAGGCCAUUGUUAUAUCUGACGAAGAGCUAGAGGAGGAGAGAGAGGAAAGUAGAGAAAGAGAACAAGUGAUGGAAGUAGAAGAUGAGUUUGAAGAAGAAGAGGAGCUGCACAGCCCUCAGUUUCUCUCCUCCCACCAACAGGGCCUCUUACAAAUGACCUCCCAUUCAAAUGACUAUUCCUUCCCCCUCUCUCCCUCCUCUUCCUCCUCUGGUGCCGGGCCUUCCUCACAGGACACUUCUUCCUUUGCCCACAUUCCUCCGUCUGCAGCUCAGCAGCAUUCAGACCCUCCUGCCUACUUCCAGGACUUCCAGGACUCUAUGGGGAACUUUGUGGAGGACGUCCCCACAUGUGGAGUAUGUGGAAAGACUUUCUCAUGUACAUACACACUAAGGCGCCACGCCAUCGUGCACACACGCGAACGUCCUUAUGAAUGUCGCUACUGCUACCGGAGCUACACGCAAUCGGGCGACCUGUACAGACACAUACGCAAAGCUCAUGACCACACACUGCCAGCCAAACGCAGCAAGGCAGACGGGGACCCCUCACUGCCACCACAGCCGCCCCCACCACCACCACCACCACCUCUUAGCUAACACACACCUACACACACUACUGUAUUUCUAUACUCAUGCACACAUACAUACCUAAACUUUAACUUAAUAACCAAACUCUAAUUCUAUAUUCAAACCUAAAUUGAGCAGAGCUGCAACAAACAGUUCAUUUUCAAAUGAAUUUGUUGGUUCUUUUCUCAAUUAUUUGUUUGAAAUAUAAAGUUAUUAAAAAUGUCACACAUCACAGUUGCCCAAAGCCCAAGGUGACAUCUUCAAAUGUGUCAAAAUAUUGUCUUAAUAUUUUCAAAUUUGCACCCUGCAGACACCCAGGCCUUUAUAAGUACAGAAAUACAAGAACUCACACACAGAGUAAACACCAGCGAUGUGGCAGUGACAUCAGCGUUCAUUCAUUAAACACUUUAUAUUCA